ACCACGGUUGUGAGCAAGGAGGUUGAGGCUACGGGCACAGCGGAGCCGCGGAGCUACGUCGCUACGUACAGAAAUGCGUGUGGAGCUAGUGCAGCCAGCGAGGAACAGCCGCAACUCCCAGUGUUUGAGGACGAGGAGCAUCCACUGCCUCCUACUGCAGCGAUACCGACCGGAGAGCCCGAUGGAUGCCCAUCGAGCUCCUCCCAAAGCAGACGAACAAGGCGAGGUCUGAGCCACUGUGACAUUGCAUUAUGGGCUGCCUCUGUUUCCGAUUCCAUGUUCAGCAACCCCGUAGCUGUUACCAGUCGGGUCAGCGUGCCACAAAGCUGCAGAUUGGAGACUCCAGUUUCUGAGGUCUCUAGGACGAACCGUGGGAAGCGACAAGUUCCAACCAUGCCAAGUUACGGGAGAGUGGAGCAGUCCACCGAAGGCACCUGGACCGAGGAACUGCAGAGACGACACCAGACUGCCUUAAUGAAGGAAAUCAAAGAGCAGAUCUUGUUUAAACCAAUCGACCACUUCUCCCUCACAUCUGCGUUCGAUAAAGAUAGUAGCGAACAAUUUCCACGAAGGAGUAAGAGCUCGGCUUCCAAACAUCAGGCGCUGAUUGACAAACUCGGAGACCUCAGCAAAUCGUCACCCUCUCCGUCGUCAUCAGGCUAUUUGCAGUGUCAGAGGACGGAGCCACUACCCUUGGACCAAGCAGUCGGACAGGGCUCCACCGUGACUAAUGGUGGCACAUUGAUAUCCUCAGCCCCACAAGUUGUAUCUUCAAAGUCGAAGUUCUUCAAAGUCGGAACACCUGUAGAGUUGUUUGAUAGAAGGCAUGCUACAGGUAGCACGGUUUCAACUCCACAACAUGCGGUAAGUCCAACACCAACACCAAUUCAGCAUGGAACUGACCCAAGUUCCACAUGGACGCCGACGCCAAAGACACAGGAAUUUGUUGGUGCUGAAGCAGUGCAUGGGGAAGAGACCACCCGAACCUUCAACCAAACUGCGGUUUCAUCAUAUGUGGCAGCGACUCCUCGUCAUCAAACUGCAUGCUCAGUGACGACCUCAGCAUUGCGGACACCCAACACCCAUCCCGUGUCUGCGCCUAUGUCUUGGGCGAAUGGGGAUUCUGACCUGGCACAAAUGAGAGCAGUUUCGGAGUGGAACAACAGACCCUGCAAAAACGUUUCGACACUGACGUUGAAUCAAGCCAAAAUGAGACGUGAUACAAUCUUGACUCCGUGUAACUUAUCUUCGUCAACGGUGAUGUCGAGUCCCACUGUGCGGCCGACACCACAUUCAAACCCAUGCAGAAAAGACGUACUAAGCUCGUCGCUGAGGCAACCUCAAGGCACGAAGCUCUUCUUGACACCCGGUAAAAGAGUGUCUUGGAAACCGGAGUCAGUGUGGCACACACCAAACGGUUCUUUCAGUAGGUCGACGUCAGCAUCCCAAAAAAUUGAGUCCGAAGUGCCGAGAGAGAAGGGAGUCGACCACGCUUACGACCAGAACACAAUUUUACGUGUGGCAUCGAUGACACCUCGCAAAGGCUUGAGCUUGGCACUACUUUCUAACCAGAACUUUUCUCCUCAGCCAAACUUCAGUUCUAGCGUUCGGUUCGAGCAAGGGAACACGGCCUCAGCUACGAGAUCACCUAAGCAUACCAUUGUAGAAGUGGUGCCAGAGUCUCCAGAGAACUCAACUGGCAUUGAUAUGACCCCUCAACAACUCAUUGCUUCUAAAGAAGUGGAAGAGCCAACACACAAAAGCCUUCAUCACGAAGAUUCCAACAGGGCUCAACAAACCAGUGUCUUCGAGUCGUCCAAUAACCUCACCGUCACUGCAGUUCAAGAGAGCUGUUCGGUUUGUGGGUGUGGCACCGCAAAAGUAGACAAAGCGUGCCAGACAGUUCCAUAUUAUGCCACAACUGGAACCAUGUUUGGCAGUCAUAUGUCUGCACGAGCCUAAAAGAAGGCAAGGUGGCAUCAAUUAUGUGUAUUCGUUUCAAUACUCGGGGAUGAUGCAGUUCCUUUAAAUGUAUGUACACUACUCGUGACCCAAGUCUGUACCAGACUCUUGAGUUUUGUUGAUGUGUUGUGUCCUUCAGUAAUGUAUACCCCAUUACAGCCCUAUUUCUGGUGCAGUCCAAGUGCUGUCUUUGGUGAAAGUGUGCAGAUGCCUCUUGUGUGCAAGUGGGUGCAUUGCUGUCAUAAGGACAUCGCUUAACUCACUGCUCUGGUGUUGGAGCAAGCAAGAUCUGCCAAAGAAAAGGUGGAAUUAGCCUUGUUCUGUGUACCCAAGUUUCUAAGUUUGUUCCUCUAGGUUUGUGUUUGUUUGUCUUCAGAGGUUUCUUUUCUUGUUGACUGAUUUUUAGGACUCUCGAGAUACAAGAGCCAAAUUGAAAUCUAGAGCAUUAAAUAAUAUAUAAUUAUACUUGAAGAAAUGCGAGAAUAUUCUUGUAUAAAUAUGAUCUGUCCUACAUCCUGUGACCAGUGUGCAGGUGCACCAAUUACUUUUUGCCAUAUCCAGCUCACCGUAGCCCAGUCACAUGUCAUUUGUUGGCAGUAAAGAUUGUUUUAUCCCACUGA